UCAUCCAAUAGAAAAGCCUGGAAUCAUCUCAAUAACCCAACAUCCUCUUCCUCCUUUUCCUCUGGGUGGCACUAAUCACCCCUCAUACUGUAGGCAGCGCUGCCCUGUGCACGCCGCCCUGCCAGCCAGCGUAAGACCAGGCGGAUGUGCCGAUGGUUCGUAUUUCUGUUGACUUUUCUCAUGAUGUUUGUGUGGUGUGUGAUGCUGGUUGUUUGCCACCGUCUGGCCUCUCGUCAUCCUUCUGGCCGUCUGUAUGACCGGACUGUUGGUAGAUGUGUGACAGCAGCAGAACCGUGCGCGCCGGUUUGGUGCAGGCGGUAAAGCCGCUUUGAAAACCUCCAUCUCCUUCCCGAGUGAGAGUGCCUCACUUCUGCCCAGCCUGGAAUAUAAAUAACCAUGUGGAUGGAGCAAAUCUCAGCAAAGCCCAGCGCUGUGGUACAUCAGCACUUCGGAGAAGGCCAGUCGGGGAUUAUUUGGAACUGUCUGCUGGGUAUCGCUGCACUACUAUGAUUCUGAGCUCCUGAAGAUUUUUUUCUCCCUUUUUUAAACAUUUACCACUUGACUCCUCGAUGGGUUCUCGCAGCCAAGGCUUCUUUCACAACCAUCACCACCACCGCAACUCCAUGGUGCCUGCCACAGUGCCAAGGCUGCUGCCUGAAAAUGGGAGCCUUCUGGGGGGCAUUGCUCAAAUUACCCCCAACCUCUUCCUCAGCAGGGGGAACGUGGCAUCCAACCGCAGCCUGUUGCUCUCGAAAGGCAUCACCUGCGUGGUUAAUGCCACCAUCGAGCUGCCCAACUUCAACUGGCCUCACAUGGAGUAUGUAAAGGUCCCACUGGCAGAUAUGCCCCACUCCCCCAUCUCACUGUACUUCGACAGCGUGGCUGAUAAAAUCCACAAUGUUGGGCGCAAACGAGGGGCAGUGCUGGUGCACUGUGCAGCGGGGGUUAGCCGCUCAGCCUCUCUCUGUCUGGCGUACCUCAUGAAGUAUCACCGUGUGUCUCUGGCUGAGGCCCACGCCUGGGUCAAGGCCCGCCGCCCCGUCAUCCGUCCUAAUGGCGGCUUCUGGCGCCAGCUGAUUGAGUACGAAAGGAAGCUGUUUGGCAGAAACUCUGUUAAGAUGGUACAGACACCCUACGGGGUCAUACCUGAUGUUUACGAAAGGGACCGCAGGAGCUAUGCGUCAUACUGGGGACUGUGAGAGCAUGGUGUGUGCCAACUGUCCAUCCACAGUCAAGAGGAAAUUUUUAGUUCUUUUGCCCUUCCAGACUUCAGGUGCAGGCCUGUUCUGGACAGGUGAAGAGCAUUGCGAGUGUGUACAUGUGUGUGAAGUUUAUUGACUGCACUUACUGUUAAUGGCGCUGCUGUUGGUCCAACAAAUUCUCUUUGUUUAGUCUUGGAGUGGGAGCAAAGAUGACGUAAAGUCAAAAAUCUUUUGGACCAGAGCAUCAGAUGGGACCAUACUGGAACAAACCUCUGAGCAUGGAAGUUGGUGCUGUCUAUCUCCUGGUUUGUCUUACCAGUUUAAUUGGGGGUGAACACUCCAUAAAGGCGUUGGUUGUACUCGAGACUGCGGCGCUGACAGUGAUGUCCUUUUCCUGGCGUGGUGUCAUGUGGUGGUAUUGUGUCAGUUUUGCAGUUAUACUUGGUGUGAAGGGCAGCAGCAUGCUCUUAAUUUAUGGUAGCAUUAAAGAUAUGUAUACAGAAAAACACUAUAUAGGCAAAUUAUUUUAUUGGAGUUUACUGAUAGUGAAGGGGAAAAAAGAUUAUGGAGCACUUGAACUGAACAUUGAAGAUGUUACAUCUACCGUCUUGAGCUGAAAAUUGAAAACAUGUAAGCUAAAAGUCAAGGUUCAGCGAGGCUCCUGUGUACCACAGGGUUGACUGUUCUGUCCUGUGACCACACUAUGUUAUUGUAGUGCUAUUUGAUGCUGUAUUAAAAACAACCUGCUGCUUCAAAGAA